AUGACACAACGUAGCUCAAUCCCGCUUGUUACGUUGAACGACAAACAAUAUAGCGUUCAAGUGGAAGCAGAAGAUGACCAUUAUCUAUCUUUUAGCCUUGAUAUUGAGAGAGCUCAAGACAGCGGGCCUCCCACCUUUUGCAAAGACUUGUUGUGCUCAGAUACAGAAAUUAUCGUGCUGGAUUCGAUAAAAUCUGGCAUCGGUCGCACUCUGCAAAGCGACUUUUGUGCCAACAUCAUAGAACCCAUUUUUAAAGAGCUUCAGGUGCCAACGCGCAUUUACCGCACGAAAAGUUCCGAUUCGGUGGGUCAAUUCGCAAGCACUUUCAAAACUACAGCUUCUACUGCAAUUUUCAUAUUCCUUUCUGGCGAUACAACUAUUUCUGAGUUUUUGAAUUGUCUUGACCAAACCCCUACCACAGCAAACAACAGCCAAAAGAGCCCCGCUCUUUGGUUUCUACCGUUGCCUUUUGGUACAGCAAAUGCCUGGGCUACCUCGCUUGGGAUCAAAAGCCCUGUUGCUGCUUUCGGACAAUUAUUGCAAAAUGAGUUGAGUCCCCAGAGUUUUCCACUUUAUAAGGCCUCAUUUCCUAACGCCAAUGAAGUGGUAUUCUUUAUCAUUUUUUCCAUAGGGUUUCACGCCAAUUUGCUUCAUCUUUGCAAAGAAGAACGUUUCCACAAUAUAGGCGUGGAAAAGUUUAGGAUCGCAGCACAGGAAAUACUUCAAACGUACCAACUGGACUAUCCUCUCCAUAUACCAUCGGAGUCAUCUCCUUUACAUUUUGCAUACUUCACCCUGAUCAACACGCCUUUUCUAGAGAAGACGUAUAUGCCCUCACCUAGUUCUGAUCCGUUGAAGUCUCAGCUCCAUCUUUUGGGCUAUCUCACAUCUUUCGACAAGACCGAUCUGGUAGAAAAGAUUAUGAGGGGCUAUCGAAAUAAAGCUCAAGACGAUAUCAGUAGAGACGGAGUCAUUUAUAGACCUCUUGAAGAUGACUUUGACAUCUUUUUCGGUCAAACACCGGACACAGCUCCCAGUACCGGCUUUGAAAUAUGCUGUGAUGGACACCUGCUUAAUAUGCCCGACUUACAACCAGAAGGCAAAGAAUUUGAUGGGAAAGUCAAUAUUAAGUUCCUCAAACAAUACUCUGCCUUCGAUUUAAAAGUGUUGGUCCCCAAGAUAUAG